UUCAGCAGAGAGAAAUAGAGAAAGCAGUGUGUGUGCAUGUGUGUGUGAGAGAGAGAGGGAGAGGAGCGAGAGGGAGAGAGAGAAGAAGAAGAAGAGAGAGAAGGAGAGAGAAAAGGGAAGGAAGCAGAGAGUCAAGUCCAAGGGAAUGAGCGAGAGAGAGGCGAGUGGUAAGGGAAGGAGAGUGCAAAGCAAGGAAUGACCGCUUUCCGGAGCCAGCUGCAGUGAACUGUCUUCUAUUUUCUUUUCCUUUUCCUUUUGAUUUUUUUUUUUUUAAAGAGAAGCAGGGGACAGAAGCCAUGGCCGAGGGAGAAGACAAACUGAGGUGCUGGUGACCGUGGGCGUCCAAGUGGAUUACUGGGGCUGUUCUCCAGAGGUCUGUCCGUCUUGCCUUCCAGUGGCACAUAUCCCCACAUGCCAGCCAAUGAAGACAAGAGGCAGCGUGAACAAAGUCAUUUAGAAAGCCCCUGAGGAAGUGUAAACAAAAGGGAAAGCAUGAAUGGAGUGCCCGAGAGACAAGUGUGUCCUGUCCUCCCCCACCUUUAGCCGGGCCAGCAACUGUGCGCCCUGCCUCUUCCCACCUACUCACUGCUGAUCUGACUUUUGGGGUUGCCAGCGCUUCCUGGAAGUCCUGAAGCUCUCGCAGUGCAGUGAGUUCAUGCACCCUCUUGCCAAGCCUCAGUCUUUGGGAUCUGGGGAAGCCGCCUGGUUUUCCUCCCUCUUUCUGCACGUCUGCUGGGGUCUCCUCCUUGCCAGGCCUCGCCGCCCCCCUGGCCUCUCUCCCCAGCUCGCACAUGAAGAUGCACUUGCAGAGGGCUCUGGUGGUCCUGGCCCUGCUGAACUUUGCCACGGUCAGCCUCUCUCUGUCCACUUGCACCACCUUGGACUUUGGCCACAUCAAGAAGAAAAGGGUGGAAGCCAUUAGGGGACAGAUCUUGAGCAAGCUCAGGCUCACCAGCCCCCCUGAGCCAUCGGUGAUGACCCACGUCCCCUACCAGGUCCUGGCCCUUUACAACAGCACCCGGGAGCUGCUGGAGGAGAUGCAGGGGGAGAGGGAGGAAGGCUGUACUCAGGAAAACACCGAGUCGGAAUACUAUGCUAAAGAGAUCCAUAAAUUCGACAUGAUCCAGGGGCUGGCGGAGCACAACGAGUUGGCCGUCUGCCCCAAAGGAAUUACCUCCAAGGUUUUCCGCUUCAACGUGUCCUCAGUGGAGAAAAAUGGAACCAAUCUUUUCCGGGCAGAAUUCCGGGUCUUGCGGGUGCCUAAUCCCAGCUCCAAGCGCACUGAGCAGAGGAUCGAACUCUUCCAGAUACUUCGACCAGAUGAGCACAUCGCCAAACAACGUUACAUCGGAGGCAAAAACCUGCCCACACGGGGCACUGCGGAGUGGCUGUCUUUUGAUGUCACGGACACUGUGCGCGAGUGGCUGUUGCGAAGAGAGUCCAACUUGGGUCUGGAGAUCAGCAUUCAUUGUCCAUGCCACACCUUUCAGCCCAAUGGAGAUAUCCUGGAAAACAUUCACGAGGUGAUGGAAAUCAAAUUCAAAGGUGUGGACAAUGAGGAUGACCAUGGCCGUGGAGACCUGGGGCGCCUCAAGAAGCAGAAGGAUCACCACAACCCUCACCUGAUCCUCAUGAUGAUUCCCCCGCACCGGCUCGACAACCCAGGCCAGGGAGGCCAAAGGAAGAAGCGGGCCCUGGACACCAACUAUUGCUUCCGCAACUUGGAGGAAAACUGCUGUGUGCGGCCCCUCUACAUUGACUUCCGACAGGACCUGGGCUGGAAGUGGGUCCACGAACCUAAGGGCUACUAUGCCAACUUUUGCUCAGGCCCUUGUCCUUAUCUCCGAAGCGCAGACACGACCCACAGCACGGUGCUGGGGCUGUACAACACCCUGAACCCGGAAGCAUCGGCCUCACCUUGCUGUGUGCCCCAGGACUUGGAGCCCCUGACUAUUCUGUACUAUGUCGGGAGGACCCCCAAGGUGGAGCAGCUCUCCAACAUGGUGGUGAAGUCGUGUAAGUGUAGCUGAGGCCUGCGACAGAUGAGGGAAAGCUGCCCCUGCCCGACUGCCCGCGCCUCGGGAAACCAAAGUGACAGACCUCACCUAGAGGCCUGGCGUCCACAACCCUCGGCUCCUGGCAUUUGGCCAAGACGGAGGCUUCCUUCUGGAACAUUUCUUUCUUGCUGGCUCUGAGAAUCACUGUGGUAAAGAAAGUGUGGGGUGGUUAGGGGAAGGCGAACUCUUGGGGACACAGGUUUUCUGUGGUGCAGACAGAGGUGGUGGGGCUAGAGGAAGAGGAUGGCAAGUUGACAUGUCAUGUGGCAAUGGGACUUGGGUACAAUAGGGAGGAGGAAGGACAAAGGAUGGCUGGGUCAGGCUCAGACUGGAAGAUGCUUCGGAUCUGAGGUCAGCUUUGCUCAUUGCUGUACCACAAUCGCUCUAGGGGAAUCUGGAUGGUGUCAUAUGAGGCAAGCACUUUCCUUCAGACAGGUCACCAAGACAAAGUCCCAGAAUUGCACCUUGUACUACCUGGGAUUAAGGACAAUUUCUUUUUUAAUUGUCGUUUCCACAGUCAGCAUCAUGGGUCAUUCCAGGUAAUGUAAUAUGGUUCCUGGGCCAGCAACUGUAUUGGCCCCUGGAGAUGCUGAACUCAGAAGCAAAGGGUGGGAACUGACCCUUUCCUGUCUGCCCUCUGGGUCCCUCCUCUUGCCUUCAUCCUCAAUCACAUUUCCCCUUGGACAUUUGGCUGGACACCUUCCAGGCCAGGGUGCACAUAUCUGGAUUCUGGUUCUGUGCAGCCUCUGAGCAUGAGGGGUUCCUCUCCUCCAAGUUCUCGAGACCUUGUGUCCACCUGGUCUUCCUGGAAGCUGGUGCCACACGGGAGGCAUCUGGGGAGGCUGCACCACAUGUGCCAUGUGGUGACUUGGCCCAAGAUGAGUUGUCUGAGGUAUAAAGACAAGUACAAAUAUUACUCUCAAAAUCUUUGUAUGAAUAAAUAUUUUUGGGGAAUUGUGGAUGAUUUCAUCUUCUGGAAGAUUGUUUCUAGAACAGUAAAAGCCUUAUUCUAAGGUA